UAAAAUUGGUGGCCCAUGAGGGGAUUCUGCAAGAACAUCAACAACAGCAAGUGGAUUGCAAGCCAGCGAAUUAACUACAUUCAACUGAAGGACGUGUUACAACGGCAGCACUUUUCACAAGUUAUCUAAACGGUAAGUGUGUAUUUAGUGGCAAGUCAACAAGUCAAUAUGAGCGUACAGGAAUCGGUAGAUAAAUACUCGAGCGAAGACGCACCAAGUUUGAUUGCGUUACAAAUCGAUCGAAUUGACACGCUAAAACAGGUCUUAAAAAAUUUUAGAAAGGAUUCAGCAACACGUAAGACCAAGUCGUAUUUCGAACAUCGAUUAAAUAACCUUCAGGAACUUCGCUCUAGUUUCAAAGCUACUCACGAGCAUAUCGUACGUUGUUUGAUUAGUAAGGACGACGAGUAUUUCAAAGCCUCGUUGAGCGCAGUUUUCGACGAGUUAUAUUUAGACACUUAUUGUACUAUCAAAGAUACAAGCGAUGAGAAGUAUCCAGCAUCUACUGCACCAGUUAAUUCAGAUUCCGACUGUGACAUACAACAGAUGCCCCUCACCUCAACAAACUACACAAUAGCAUGGAGUCUUUGUGAAAAACGAUACAAUAAUCCCAGGAUUCUCUUUAUGCACUGUAUGAACUCUAUAUACAGUCUACCUAGUAUUGGAAAGGAACGAGCCGCAGAUAUAAAGUCGUUAUUAAACGCAGCUAAGGUUUGCGUGAAUGAGUGUAACCGUCUUAAAGUUCCUAUAAAUGGAUGCGAUCAUUGGCUUGCUUACUUUCUUUCUACAAAACUUCCAAAUGAGACGCGAAAGGCUUGGGAACUAGCACUCGGAAGUAAAUCUGAAAUCCCAACAUUUGCAGACUUAGAACAGUUUUUAAAUAAUCGUUUAGUAUUAAUAGAUGUUUUCGAGAGUCGUGACAUUCACGAAAACCUAUCUCAUUCAGCGACGGAAAAGGUUCCUAAAGCAAGCAAAUUUACGCGCAAAUCACAUCACUCAUCGGUCAAAACAAGUGGUUGCAUUUUAUGUAGCGAGUCUCAUGUGAUACGUAAAUGCCCUAAAUUCCUUGAUCAGGACUGUUUUGAGCGAAAAAAUAUAGUUAGUCAACACAAGCUGUGUUUAAACUGCUUGAGUAAAGGGCACUCUAGUUCACAGUGCACCAGCACGCAGAAUUGUCAUCAAUGUGGCCAACGCCACCAUACCUUGCUUCAUUUUCCGUCGUCUUCGUUCGUACGCCCUGGAGGGAUACCUAAUGUCUCUGCCGCGCCCUUCCUACCGCCGGCAAAUCAUUGUUCAGCAUUGACAAACACACACUCUUCCAACCACACUCGCAAGGAAAUCUUGAAGAGAGACGGGACACCUUCACUUCAGUCAAAUUUAUCUAAGGGUGGUGGGACAGUGUUACUUGCUACCGCUCUUGUAUCUGUUCACAAUGGAGACCCGGGUCAAUCAAACACUUUGCGUGCUUUGGUGGAUCAGGGUUCGGAAUGCACUCUAAUUUCGGAACGGGCAACUCAACGUCUUAGUCUCAAACGAACUCGAGCAUUUGCUGACAUUACCGGCCUUGGUCAUAACGCUUCUAACCGAUCACGAUUCACGGUACAAUUACAUAUCCGAUCAUGCAUCGAUCCUCAACAGACCUUCACAAUCGACCAAGCGUAUGUUUUACCGUCUCUUACUGAUUUUAUACCGGGGCAGCGCAUAAACCCACAAUCCUGGCCCCAUUUACAGGGCCUCGAAUUAGCGGACCCUCAUUACUAUGAGCCGUCAAAAAUAGACCUCAUAUUAGGAGCUGAUGUUUAUAGCCAGUUUAUUCUUCCUGAGAUUCGCAUUGGGGAACCGACUCAGCCCAUCGCUCAACGCACCAGUUUAGGUUGGGUACUCUUGGGAAAAGUCAGCAAUCAAUCUUCAUCCACGUUUUCAUCUAAUCGUACCACGAUUAGGUGUCAUCACUCGUCUUUGGAAUUGGCAUCAAUAGUCCAGCACUACUUCGAACAAGAUCAAAUACCACAAGAUGAUAAUCUUACCUCAGAAGAGCAAUGGUGUGAAAUGUUCUUUAAGCAAACUCACCAGCGUCAACCAGAGGGAAGAUACGUAGUUCGCCUGCCAUUAAAAUCCUAUUUCGACCCUUCUCAAACCUUGGGAAGAUCUCGUCAAAUUGCAUUGAACCGGUAUCACAGACUUGAGCGAAAAUUAGACGGCAAGCCUCAGCUUCGCGAAAGGUAUGCUGAAGUCAUGCAAGAAUAUUUUGAUCUGGGUCAAAUAAGCCCGGUCAAAUCGACGGAAAAACAGCACUCAAUAGUCAACGCAUUCCAUCAACCUACAAAUACUUCGUGUGUGCUUCCUCAUCAUGCGGUUUUUAAGGAGGAAAGCACGUCGACAAAACUAAGGAUUGUCUUCGAUGCCUCUUGCAAAACAUCAAAUGGGAGAUCCCUAAAUGAUUUGCUCUGUGUGGGACCGCCUCUUCAAAAUGAGUUGCCUGCGGUAAUUCUCAAUUGGCGAAUGCAUAAAUUUGUGUUUACAGCGGACAUACAAAAAAUGUAUCGCUGCAUUAACAUGCACCCUGAAGAUGCACAAUACCAAAGAAUUUUAUGGAGAGACCAGAAUCGCGAGGUGCAAGAGUACUGUCUUACUACUGUAACCUUCGGUACGGCAUCAGCACCGUAUACAGCCAUUAGAGUCCUUCAUCAACUCGCGGAGGAUGAGCGAUCGCGUUAUCCUCUCGCUGAACAUAUUCUAAAAUCGGAAACAUAUGUAGAUGACGUGCUUUCUGGCAGCCAUUCUAUUCCCCUGGCAAUAUAAUUACGCAAUCAGGUAA